AUGAGGUACAUGAAAAAGUGCAUGUUAUUCUGCUGCGUAUACAUUUUGGUGACAGGGAGCGGAAUACUCGCUUUCAGAAAGAACAAGGUUGAAGGGGGUGCCAUAGGCAUACAAGCGAAGGGAAGCAGUGGACAGGCGGGCCACGCGAAUGGGCACCAAGUGAAAAAUACCAACGCGUGUGGUGGUAAUAACAGCAGUGGAGGAGGCGGGGAGUGUCCACUGGACACACACACAACAAGUGGAGUACAACACACGGAGAAGAAGCCAAGUGAGGCUUCAAACAAAAGCAGCAUUCUGGACAAUAUUAUAAUCCCGGAAGAUGCAUUCGAAAGUGCUAAACGUUUAUGCGAGUUUGUUGUAAUAAAAGGUGAGCACUUUAAAGCGUUUUGCAAGCAGUCGAUUUUUUUUAAAGACAUUCAGCUUUUAAAACAGAAGGCUCCGAAUUUGUAUGCACAGAUAGCAGGGGAGUCCUAUGAGAAUGAAGCUACCUCUAGCUUCCAGGUCUUAAAAGAUGAAGGAGAUAAGAAAAUCGUCAUGGAGGACGAUAAACACAAUCCCAAAAUGUCCCUUUUUUUUUUAUAUGAAAAAAUGUGUGUUGGGGGGAUCCCUCUGGCAUGCGCAAAUAUACUCAAGGUGGACAACGUGUUCGACAUGAAUCAGACGGGGAACGUCGCAGGGGGAAGUGGUGAUACGGCGGAAGGGCAGGACGUUGAGGGUGACAUCACGGGAGCGGUAGAGGAGGACGGAAGCCAGGGGGUCUCGGAGAACGUCACAGACUUGACCGAGGAGGACAGCAAUUAA